AGUGCUUGUCUGGGUGCGAGGUGGAGGGUUGUUCAGCCAGUUGCUCUUCGGCAUAUAAGAAGAAGGCGUUUCUUUUAGUACUAGAUGCGUACUUACAGGCACUGACAUUUUAUAGUGAGUCUCACGAGUGGAUUUAUGGAAGUGUCCGCACGUUUCCUCAGCUAAUAUCUUCUAAUUGUGCAAUUUGAAUGCCUUGAGAGGAUACCUUCAUAACCUUAAUUUAAAGACACGUAGAAGAUGGCUAACAAGGCAGAGUCCACUAUGUGCACUACCACAAGUGAGAGUGUGUCCCACAGUGUGCUGAGCUGGGACCAGGUGAGCCGUCUCAAUGAGGUCCUGACAGAAGUGGUGCCGGUCCACGGUCGAGGGAACUUCCCCACUCUGGAGGUGCGGCUGAAGGACAUUGUGCAGAUGGUGCGCACCCGUCUGGAGCUAAGGGGAAUUAAAGUGAAAGACGUCCGUCUGAACGGCUCUACAGCCAGCCAUGUGCUGGUGCAGGACAUUGGCUGGAGCUACAAGGACCUGGACAUCAUCUUCAGGGUGGACCUGCCCCGGGAGUCGGGGUUCCAGUUGGUCAAAGACGUGGUGCUGGGCACUCUGCUGGACUUCCUCCCUGAGGGGGUGAACAAGGAGAAGAUCACCCCCAUGACCCUGAAGGAGGCCUAUGUUCAGAAGCUGGUCAAGGUGUAUACAGAGCAGGACCGCUGGAGCCUCAUCUCCCUCUCCAACAACAACGGACGCAACGUGGAGCUCAAGUUUGUGGACUCUAUCCGCCGGCAGUUUGAGUUCAGCGUGGACUCGUUCCAGAUUGUGCUGGACUCACUGCUCUCCUUUUACGACUUCUCGCCGGAGAACCCUAUGUCUAGCCACUUCCACCCCACCGUGGUGGGCGAGAGCGUGUACGGGGACUUUGACGCGUCUCUGGACCACCUCAUGAACAAACUGAUCGCCACCAAGCGGCCGGAGGAGAUCCGCGGCGGCGGCCUGCUCAAGUACUGCAACCUGCUGGUGAGAGACUUCCGGCCCACCUCUGAGGAGGAGUUCAAGGGCCUGGAGCGUUAUAUGUGCUCCCGCUUCUUCAUCGACUUCCCCGACAUUGGCGAGCAGCAACGCAAGCUGGAGGCUUACCUGCAGAGCCACUUUGUGGGUGAGGAGAAGAGCAAGUACGACUACCUCAUGAUCCUGCGGCGCGUGGUCAACGAGAGCACGGUGUGCCUCAUGGGCCACGAGAGACGGCAGACCCUCAACCUCAUCUCGCUGACUGCCUUCAGGGUGCUGGCUGAGCAGAACGCCAUUCCAGACGCCUCCAGCGUCACCUGCUACUACCAGCCGGCGCCCUACGUCCGAGACCACAACUUCAGCAACUACUACGUGGCCUCGUGUAACCAGAAUAUUCCAACAUGGCUGCCAUGUAACUGAGAGACCCAUAUAACACAAGAAGACUGCUGCUUUGAGAAAGAAGUGGAAAAAAAAAAAAAAAGUGAGAUGCACCAGAUAAAAUAAAUUGGGCCAUAACUGGCAUUUCGCUCUGUAGUCAUGAAGGAUAUAUUUAAAUAGGCAAGUGUUUAGUUUAGUUUUUGGUCUCCCUUCUCAUUCCGUAUCCACAGAGGUGCCAAGAUCAUUGGAUCCAAAGUGAUAUUUUUUUAAGUGUUAUUUUGAUAUAUUUUUUGCCUUUUCUCAGAUUGUAAUGUUUUUGUUUAUUUCCCCUAAUGAGAAAAUUAGUUUAGAAUUAACGUCCUGAUUUCAAGAAUGAGUUCUACUUGGUGCCCCCCCCCCCCCUUAUGCUAAGUGUAUUUGGUCCAUCUUCAAAGAAAGGGAAACAAAUAUUUAGAAGUUUGUUUGGGUUUUUGCUUCUGUGUGUAUUGAAGAUGUGAAAAAAGAUGAUAAAAAAAAAUGGUGUAGUAAAAAAUAGUAUCAAAAUAUAUUUAACAAAAGAGAUGUGAAGCACAAGGUGUCAAAGGUAAUCCUGAGAUGACGUCAAUGUUUAGUUCACUGAUGAGCAGUAUGGGUUUGCUCAUCAGUGUUUGGAAUUUUCUAUUUGUGAGAUGACUGUCCCCAUCUCCUUUUAGAAGGCAUCCAAGGUAAAAGGGAGGCAGAGGAAUGGCUCAUUUUUGUUUUAAAUCAAAGGUGUAAAAAAGGAAAGGUAAUCUAUGACAGAAUAUCACUAGCACAGUGCUGCCGGAGUGCCUGUGCUGUGUAGACUUUAUUUUCCACUGUGAAUGUUGGUAACAGCCUCCCUCCUACAUCUGUUCAGCCAAUACAGGAUUUGAGUGUAUACUAUGCAGGGUGCAUCUCCAUAGUGUCUCAAUAGUGUAAAGUGGCUUCCUCUCCUUAGUGUCCUCUCCUCCAUGCAACAGGUCAAAUAGAAAUGUAGACGGCCUAUCCAAACCUUUCACCUGUUUGUGGUAAUGCUUGAAAGGCGUCUAGGAGAGGAAGCCAUGAAUGAGUAUUGAGAAGCACACCAUACAGUAACUGUUUGGCCCUUUAUUUGCCCACCGAUCUGAGCUAAUCUUUUCUUUUAAACCUCUUCCAAACUGUUGGUGCAGCAGUGACCUCUCAGAUGUCAGAGUUUACGGUCCACAUGGUGGAAUCUGUACUGUAAGCUCAUUCUGAGAAAAGGACAGGGCCUUCAUCUCGCUCUUUCUGGAGUCUAGUCUGAGAAGCAGGGAGAGACUGUCCCUUUCCUUAAAAGGAGCCCCACUUGGCGGGGCCCUGGAACCCCUUUCAGGCCUUCCUUUGCAGGCAGCAGCCUGAAAUGGGAUCCCAGUCUGGUGGAGGCCAGCCAAUAGCUGUAAUGGCAGCCAAUAAUUAAAGUGAGGAGGGCGUGUAAGGAAGAGGGUGGCGGGGUUGUGCCAGUGUGUGACGGCCACCUUAUGUGUGAGGGCUGACUCACUUCCCUCUCCACCACCCCCUAAGGGUUUGAUGGGGGCAGGCGUGAACCCUUUUCUGGUCAUGGGAGGCCAGGGGAGCACUGCUGCCUGCCUGGCACAUUCAACAAAAUGUAAGUGUCUGGAAUUCCGUUCCCAUUUUGGACCUCACGCUUCUUGAUUUACAUGGCAGAAGUUGUACUCUGAUCUACGACAGGCAUCCAAGUCCCCC